UGAACGCUUGUUUCCACUUGUUUCCACGUGCCGUCUGCGCACGCUGGUUUUCAAAAUAUUAAUAAUUUUUACCCUUUGUGAGCAUAAAUAACUCAUCAAGAUGGGUAAAAAGACGAAAAUUGGAAAACAGCGUAAGGAUAAGUACUACCAACUUGCCAAAGAGUCCGGGUUUCGUUCUCGUGCUGCCUUCAAGUUAAUUCAACUCAAUAGGAAGUUUGAGUUUCUUCAAAAAUCCAGGGUUUGCAUUGAUUUGUGCGCUGCGCCAGGAGGAUGGAUGCAAGUCGCUAAACAGAAUAUGCCCGUAUCUAGCAUAGUUAUAGGUAUUGAUUUAUUCCCUAUCAAACAAGUACCUGGUUGCAUCUCACUAACAGAAGAUAUUACCACUGAUAAAUGUCGCGUUGCACUCACAAAAGAACUGCAAACAUGGAAAGCUGAUGUAGUGUUGAAUGAUGGUGCACCUAAUGUAGGAAAAAACUGGCUUCACGACGCUUAUCAACAAGCGUGCCUUACUCUAAGCGCUCUUAGACUUGCGACGCAGUUUCUGCGUCAAGGCGGUUGGUUUAUCACGAAAGUCUUCCGAUCGAAAGAUUACCAUCCUUUAAUAUGGGUACUCAAACAGUUCUUUAAGAAAGUCCAUGCUACAAAACCACAAGCUUCACGUAACGAAUCCGCUGAAAUCUUCGUCGUUUGUCAGUUUUACAUCGCGCCGGCGAAAAUUGAUUCUAAAUUCUUGGAUCCGAAGUAUGUCUUCUCUGAACUAGAGAUUGAACCUGGCAAUAAAUUGAAUAUAUUCCAUCCGGAGAAAGUUAAGAAGCAGGCGGAAGGUUAUCCUGAAAAUGAUUACACUUUGUAUCAUAAACUGCCAGUGUCUGUAUUUGUACAGCAUGAAACUGGAAUUGAGGCACUGCAAGGCGCCUCAGAGAUUGUUUUUGAUGAUGCAAAGAUUGCGAAUCAUGAAAAGACGACUGAGGAGAUCAAAGAGUGUUGCAAAGAUAUAAAAGUUCUUGGUAGAAAAGAUUUAAGAUUGUUAUUGAACUGGUGGAAGAUUUUACAUGAGGAAUAUGUCAAGGAAAAAGAAGAAAAGGGUGAAAAAGCUGAAGAUGUGAAAGAGGAUGAUGAAAAAGAGGUAGAAAAGGAUGAGGAUGAUGAAGAAGAUGUCGAAGAGGAGAAAAUUGACAAGAAAAUUACUGAAGUUGAGGAAGAAGAAAUGCGAGAACAAAAACGUAAAAAGAAGAAAGUCCAGAAAGAACGCAAGAAACUAAACGAACGUCUCAAUUUAAAAAUGGUGCUUAAAGGUGAUGAAGGACCAACCCUUCAAGGUGAAGACAUGUUCAGUUUGAAGCUAAUCAAAGACAAAACCGACUUGAACUUAGUCAUCGAUGCCGAUCCUAACAUAGCUCCAGACGAAGAAGAAAAACCCGAUAAAGCCGCCAUAAAAUUCGAAAAAUACGCAAAAGAUCAAGGACAUCUUGAUUCCUCCGGGUUAUAUUACAAAGAUUCUGAUUCAGAAUUAGAAAUGGAGAGUGAUGAAGAAGAAGAGGCUGUCACAGAAGGUUUAGGAUUCAGUGAUGCUGAAGAUGAUGAAGAAGAAGACGAUAAAGUGUCUAAACGGAAGCAAUUGAAGGAGAAACCCAAAAAGGCUUCAAAGACAUCAUCACAUCCUUUGAUCACCGAUUUGGAUUACAGAGGAAACGAAGAAAAACGAGCAUCAAAGGCACAGUUAUUCUUCCAGCGUGAUAUUUUCAAAAAUUUGAUUGAUGAAAAAGACGAAGAUGCUGAUUUGGAUAAGAUUAUCGAAGAUUGUAAGCGGAAAGGUGCGAAAGUCGUCGGGGAAGAUUCCCAUGUGAAAGGACAAACAUCAAAAGCAAAACAAACGAAAAAACAACAAAAAACACAACAGGAAUCAACCGAUAGCGAUUACGGUUCAGAAAAUGAGUCGAAUUCAGAUUCUGACUCUGAUUCCGACUCGGAUUACGAUAUUGAACGAUCAGCACCGCCAAAAGAUAGCAAACAAAUGAAACGCGACGGUUUUGAAGUGGUAAAAUCAGAUGUUAAGAAGCGUAAGAUGACUGUUGAAGAUUUAGCACUCGGCACGGUUAUGAUUAAUUCCAAAAAAGCAAAACGAGAUUUAAUUGACGCUGGCUGGAAUAGAUACGCGUUUAAUGAUACGAAUCUACCGGAUUGGUUCGUGGACGAUGAGAAAAAACACAUGCAUGUUGAAGCACCAGUACCUAAAGAAUUAGUUGACGAUUAUAAGAGACGUAUGGAGGAGUUGAACGUACGUCCAAUUAAAAAAGUAAUCGAAGCCAAGGCGAGGAAGAAGCGUCGUGCGGUGAAGAAACUCCAGAAAGCAAAGAAGAAGAUUGAAGCGCUUGUUGACAAUGUUGAUGUCACCGAUAGAGAGAAGAGUAAACAAAUUAAACAAUUGUAUAAAAAAGCUAAAGCUGAGCCGAAAAAAGAAGUUACUUACGUCGUAGCGAAGAAACACCAGGCUGCAAAGAGAAUGGCGCGUCCUGCUGGUCUCAAAGGUCACUACAAGGUUGUAGAUCCUCGAUUGAAGAAAGACAUGCGUAAUGAAAAGCAACGCGCGAAGAAAAGCAAAGGUAAAAAGGGAAAAGGUAGGCCUAUGAACAAGGCAAAAGGCAGUAGUAAACAAAAAGGUAAAGGAAAGUCGCGUUAACGUUAACAUUCUCCGAUAAACAAACUAUAAAUAAACUUCUCCUAAAAAUGCAA